GCAAUAGAGUAUAAUAGCCAAGGCCUCAAUUAGUCUUUGCCACCGCACGGGAGUUUUCUGACUGCACAGAAUUGACCUGACCUGUGAAGUGAAAAGAAAUGGCUCUUUCCAGUUCUCAUACGGUGACAAUGAAUGAUGGGCAUACCAUCCCAGUGCUGGGAUUUGGUACUUACGGACCUAGAACUGUUCCCAAAAGUGAAAGUGAGAUGGCCACAAAGCUGGCUAUUGAAGUGGGCUUUUGCCAUAUUGAUGGGGCUUUCCUAUAUCAAAAUGAAAAAGAAGUUGGGCAGGCAAUCCGAGCGAAGAUUGCAGAUGGGACAGUGACCAGAGAGGAUAUAUUCUACACAGGGAAGCUUUGGAGUACAUGCCACCGCCCAGAAUUGGUCAGGCCUGCCCUGGAAGAGAGCCUGAAGAACCUCCAACUUGAUUACCUUGACCUUUAUAUUAUCCAUUUUCCUGUUUCUCUUAAACCUGGCAAAGACAUGAUGCCAAUGGAUGAAAAUCACAAAAUUAUUGGUGACUCUGUGGAUUUGCGUGAUACUUGGGAGGCCAUGGAGAAAUGUAAGGAUGCAGGCCUUGUGAAGUCCAUUGGAGUGUCCAACUUCAACCGCAGGCAAUUGGAGAUGAUCCUGAAUAAAACUGGGCUUAAACAUAAACCUGUCUGCAACCAGGUGGAAUGCCAUCCUUACUUGAACCAGAGCAAAUUGUUGGAGUUCUGCAAGUCAAAGGAUAUCAUAUUGGUAGCAUACAGUGCUUUGGGAUCCCACAGAGAGGAUCCAUGGGUAGAUCAACAGUCUCCCAUCCUUCUAGAAGACCCAGUCCUGGGAGCCAUUGCCAAGAAGCACAAUCGGAGCCCAGCCCUGGUUGCUCUCCGAUACCAGAUUCAGCGAGGGGUGGUAGUCUUGGCAAAGAGCUUCAAUGAAAAGCGCAUAAAGGAGAACUUUCAGGUGUUUGACUUCCAAUUGACUCCAGAAGACAUGAAAGUCAUUGAUGGCCUUAACAAAAACCUUCGUUACCUGCCCCUUAAUAAUUUCCAGGAACUUCCCAACUAUCCUCAUAAUGAUGAAUAUUAAUGAGGUUCUGACUCAGAAGAUUUGUGGCCCUGAGGUAUUGCAAUUCUAUCAAAGGGAUAGCUGACAUUCUGUUGAUUUUUAUGGAAAUUAAAUCCAGCGUCAAGGUCCAGCCAUGCACCAUAGCUAAGCUUACACCAAGACAUUGGUUUAAAUUAAUUGUUGUAUCAUAAGCCCUGCCUUUCCUGCCCCCAAUAAUACAGACACAAUGGCAUACAUUUAUGUAGCAUUUCAAAGUUUACCAGGUACUUUUCAUGCAGUAGUGCAAGUAUUAUCCACUUUUUUCCAAGAAAGGUAACCUUAACUGUGAGAGGUUAUAUCAGAGCUAGUAUGUAGUUCACAAUCUUCCUCUUUUUUCAGAUCUCACCGUUAUUCUAAGUACUUCAACAAAUAUGUUGAUAUCCCCUCCAGCAUCCUAACUACUCCAUUCCUGAAUUUCCUCAACUCUCAUGGACAACUUCUUUACUUCACCGUCUAUAUAGUAGUAUAGAUCAGCUGUCCUAGGAAUGGCAGUGCCCUUCAGUUCUCUACAAUUGAAUCCCAGCUACUUUCACAUCCAGCAUGAAUGCAGUAAUUUCUGUAACUCUGGGGUGGAGCAGAAAGCCAAUCAUAUAAAUACACACACAUAUGCACACACACACACAUGAUCAGAAAUCAAUCAUUAGAAAUUAAGAAAACAAUCACAUUCUCUGAUUACACAGAAAUAAUGAAUAGGUUAUAGUUCAUACAAAACCUGGAAGAACACUAGCCCCUGUAAGCCCUGAGACUGACAAAUAUCCAUAUUUGAGGUAACCCUUAAGGCAAAAAUAAAUCUUUGAAUCUGGGAUCUGCCUGUAGUAAGGAAGAUGUAACUUUAAUAGUGGUUAUUCCAGGUGCACUUUAAUGAUUUUAAUAAUUAAUGGCUAAACAACCUAUCAAAUAAAAAUCUAUCAUAUUAAAUCUACCAAAUAAAAAGCAUUCUAUAAUGUAGAGCCUGUAUCGAUUGCAUACCAUCUUGGGGAAGGGGCAGGGGAGGGAAGUGGAGAAAAAUUAAAAUUUAUGGAAGUGAAUGUUGAAAAGUAAAACUAAAUAAAUAAAUGUAUUUAAAAAUUAUUUUCAAAAAAGCAUUCUUUAUAAAAUAAACUUGUAAGCCUAACAAUAAAA